GCGCCGCCAUCUUGGUAAAGGGAGAGGCGAGACGGAGAACGGACGGGAUUUCCUCUUCUCGCGGGAGCUUGGAGGCGUGGACUGACUGCCACGUCCGUGCAAACCGGGAAAGAAGCGGAUCCCGGAGCCGCGUGAUGGCCAGAGGCCUGGGGCCACCCCACAGGCUGGCCCUGGGGCUGCUGACCUGGGCGGCCUUAGGGCUGCUAGUGGCUGGACAUGGGGGUCAUGGAGACCCGCACGAGCAUCUGCACGAGGACUUCCAUGGCCAUGGCCACGGCCACAGUCACUCACAUGAAGACUUCCACCAUGGACACAGCCAUGCCCAUGGCCACGGCCACACUCACGAGAGCAUCUGGCACGGGCAUUCCCACGGUCACCACCAUGGACAUUCACAUGAGGAUUUGCACCAUGGUCAUAGCCAUGAGCACAGCCAUCAUGGGGAGUCUGGGGCGCCAGGCAUCAAGCAGAACAUGGACACGGUCACUCUCUGGGCCUAUGCACUGGGUGCCACAGUGCUGAUCUCUGCAGCUCCAUUUUUUGUCCUCUUUCUUAUACCUGUGGAAUCAAAUUCCCCCAGGCACCGCUCUCUGCUCCAGAUCUUGCUUAGUUUUGCCUCAGGUGGGCUCCUGGGAGAUGCUUUCCUGCACCUCAUCCCUCAUGCUCUGGAACCUCAUUCUCAUCGCCCUCCAGAACAGCCUGGCGGACAUGGACACUCCCACAGUGGCCAGGGUCCCAUUCUGUCAGUGGGACUCUGGGUGCUGGGUGGAAUUGUCGCCUUUCUGGUGGUGGAGAAAUUUGUAAGACAUGUGAAAGGAGGACAUGGACAUUCUCAUGGUCACACCCAUGGAAGUAAUGGACAUGGAAGACACGAGCAUCCUUCAAAGGAGAAGCAGAGUUCGGAGGAGGAAGAAAAGGAAGGAGGGGGAUCACGAAAAAGAAAAGGAGGUCGCACAGCACCUAAAGAUGGGUCUGUGAAAGCUCAGAAUUCUGAAGAGAAGAAAAGAGGUUCAGAUCUCCGAGUAUCGGGGUACCUGAAUCUGGCUGCUGACCUGGCACAUAACUUCACAGACGGUCUGGCCAUUGGCGCUUCAUUUCGAGGGGGUCGGGGACUGGGGAUACUAACUACAAUGACUGUCCUGCUACAUGAAGUUCCCCAUGAAGUUGGGGACUUUGCCAUCUUGGUCCAGUCUGGCUGUAGCAAAAAGCAGGCGAUGCGUCUACAACUCCUGACGGCAAUAGGGGCCCUGGCAGGCACAGCCUGUGCCCUCCUAACUGAAGGUGGAGCAGUGGGCAGUGAAGUUGCAGGUGGUGCAGGUCCUGGCUGGGUCCUGCCGUUUACGGCAGGUGGUUUUAUCUACGUGGCAACCGUGUCUGUGUUGCCUGAGCUGUUGAGGGAGGCAUCUCCCUUGCAGUCUCUUCUGGAAGUGCUAGGGCUCCUGGGGGGAGUCGCCAUGAUGGUGUUGAUCGCCCAUCUGGAGUGAGAGGUGGGAUAAACUACCCCCUACCCCAAUCCCAAACAGCUAGCCUCUUAAGUCCUCCAGGCCAGGGUUGUGUGGAGGCUGGAGGCCAGAGGCCCUGGAUAACUGUCAAGGAAGCAGCAUUGACUUUGCCAUGCUGGUCAUGAAGGUUUGGCUUCUUACAUAUAGAGGUGAGAGUGAAAAAGCCAGAGGGACCAGAGAGUGAGUGAGUGAGUAAGAGAGAGUGUGUGUGUCUACCAUGUUAUUGGGUUGGGCAGCUAAAUGGAGGCCUUGAAGCUGCUCUGGAGAGGGGGGCCCUAGCAGCCUACUCCAGUCCCCUACCCCAUUAGUUGUUCAAGGACACAGCUGCCACUCACAGGCAUCUCCAAGCCCUGCCUCCCUCUCCCCCAGAGGAGGUUCAGGGAAGACCAGAGCCUUGCAAAGUGUGGUAGUAGGAGGGAUAUCCAUCAAUCGUGUGGCCUGAUUUGAAAGUGAUUAGGGAUGGGGGGGUUGUGGGGUUGCUAAUCUUAUGACCUGAUUUUUUGUUGUUGUUGUUUUGUUUCUAUUCUUUUUAUAUCACUGAAUCGAGGGGAAGGGUGGUGACCGGCAAUAAAAGUCCUGGAUCUCC